UCAUGUGCGGCCGCCGGUCCUCCCCGCCUCGCUGCGCGCUUGGCGAGGCUGGGGGGCGGGGCCCGGGAGCUGCUGCGCCUGCGUUGUGGGCGUUCUCCCGGAGCAGCAGCUGCCGCCGCCGCCGCCACCACCACUACCACCACCACCACCACCACCGCCGCCGCUGCUGCCGCCACCGCCACCGCCGUGUUCGGGUGUAGAAUUUGGAAUCCCUGCGUCUGGUUAACAAUGAAGCAGAGUUCGAACGUGCCGGCUUUCCUCAGCAAGCUGUGGACGCUUGUGGAGGAAACCCAUACCAACGAAUUCAUCACCUGGAGCCAGAAUGGCCAAAGUUUUCUGGUUUUGGAUGAACAAAGAUUUGCAAAAGAAAUUCUCCCCAAAUAUUUCAAGCACAAUAACAUGGCAAGCUUUGUGAGGCAACUGAAUAUGUAUGGUUUCCGUAAAGUUGUACAUAUUGACUCCGGAAUUGUAAAGCAGGAAAGAGAUGGUCCUGUUGAAUUUCAGCACCCUUACUUCAAACAAGGCCAGGAUGACUUGUUGGAGAACAUUAAAAGGAAGGUUUCAUCUUCAAAACCAGAAGAAAAUAAGAUUCGUCAGGAAGAUUUAACAAAAAUUAUAAGUAGUGCUCAGAAGGUCCAAAUAAAACAGGAAACUAUUGAGUCCAGGCUUUCUGAAUUAAAAAGUGAGAAUGAGUCCCUUUGGAAGGAGGUGUCAGAAUUACGAGCAAAACAUGCACAACAGCAACAAGUUAUUCGAAAGAUUGUCCAGUUUAUUGUUACAUUGGUUCAGAAUAACCAACUUGUGAGUUUAAAACGUAAAAGGCCUCUACUUCUAAAUACUAAUGGAGCCCAAAAGAAGAACCUGUUUCAACAUAUAGUCAAAGAACCAGCUGAUAAUCACCAUCAUAAAGUUCCACAUAGUAGGACUGAAGGUUUAAAGCCAAGGGAGCGGAUUUCAGAUGACAUUAUUAUUUAUGAUGUAACUGAUGAUAAUGCAGAUGAAGAAAAUAUCCCUGUUAUUCCAGAAACUAAUGAGGAUGUUAUAUCUGAUCCCUCCAACUGUAGCCAGUACCCUGAUAUUGUCAUUGUUGAAGAUGACAAUGAAGAUGAGUAUGCACCUGUCAUUCAGAGUGGAGAUCAGAAUGAACCAGCUAGAGAAUCCCUAAGUUCAGGCAGUGAUGGCACCAGCCCUCUCAUGUCUAGUGCUGUCCAGCUAAAUGGCUCAUCUAGUCUGACCACAGAAGAUCCUGUGACCAUGAUGGAUUCCAUUUUAAAUGAUAACAUCAAUCUUUUGGGAAAGGUUGAGCUGUUGGAUUAUCUUGACAGUAUUGAUUGCAGCUUAGAGGACUUCCAAGCCAUGCUGUCAGGAAGACAGUUUAGCAUAGACCCAGAUCUCCUGGUUGAUCUUUUCACUAGUUCUGUGCAGAUGAAUCCCACAGAUUACAUCAAUAAUACAAAAUCUGAGAAUAAAGGAUUAGAAACUACCAAGAACAAUGUAGUUCAGCCAGUUUCAGAAGAGGGAAGAAAAUCUAAACCCAAAACAGAUAAGCAGCUUAUCCAGUACACUGCCUUUCCACUUCUUGCAUUCCUCGAUGGGAACCCUGCUUCUACUGUUGAACAGGGGAGUACAGCAUCAUCAGAAGUUAUGUCCUCUGUAGAUAAACCCAUAGAAGUUGAUGAGCUUCUGGAUAGCAGCCUAGAUCCAGAGCCAACCCAAACCUGAUGCAGAGGAGUAUGUGCCUUCUGAGCAUACAUUCAAGGAGGAAGAAAUUUGGCUUCCUGAAUCACUGCUUAGAAGAAAGCCACCUAUCAAUCUUGGACACCCAUUGUAGACUUCAGGUGAGUGGGGAACAAACUUUAUGUUCUGCCUUUGGAACUUUUUUUUCUUUUUGGUUGAUCUCUUACUGUCCACUAAUAAAACAUCCAUAUUUUGGUGAACUGUUAUUAAACAUAAGUUUUAUCAGAAAUAUAUUUUUAGUGGAGUGAACAGGUCUUGAUGGGAGGGGGAGUUUUUCCCCAAUUUUUUUUUUUGUAUCUGGGGGUGAAUAUUACUAAUAUUAAGAGCAUAAGUUUUAUUCCUUUUUGUUUUCAUAGGUAUAAAACUCUAAGAAACUUCAUUUAUAAUACAAAAAAGUAUGAGAAUGGAAGAAUUUUGUUGUAGCAGUGUCAAUUCUCUGAAUUCCUUCAGAAUUACAUACCAGAACUAUUUUAUUAUGAUUAACUCUGGUGACUUUAGAUGAUCCUUCUAUUUCAGUGAAAGCAAAAAAAUAGAAACUACCUGAAUUGUAAAAGGACCUUUAUUCCCAAUGUCCUUCCUUCACACCAAUACUUAAAAAUUGUGUCUUUAUUGGAUAUUCAAGAGAUUUUAUCCAAAGUGCCUUGGUAAGAUUCAGAAUGCAUAAGAGGUACAUAUUUGUUAAAUGUGGAGAGUAAUCGCUAAGAGGGAUGGGGGAUGCCUUGAUGUCCUUUUGCAUCUUUUCGCACAGAUCCAAAUUGAGGAAGGAGUAACGUGAAAAUUGAAAAUCUGGAAAGUGAUUCCUCUAAAUACUCUCAUUUACCAGAGGAAGUCUGUAUACUGCCUGUAAAACAAUAUGGACUGUGGUAUAAAAGUAGGACCAGAGGAGACAGCAUAGGACUUAGAGCAGCUGAAUGUUCCUUUAGGGUGGAUCAUGGUGUUUUUCAUAGGGAUGGUAUACUCAGGUGAUAAGUUUCAGUGUGAAAAUAGUCUGCAGACUAGGAAAUGGACCUAAUGAUACUGUGAUGAACAUAUGUAGAAUGUUACUUUUAAGAAUUAGAGCCUAAAUGUUCAUUUCAAGCACACAUGAAAUAUUUGAGAGUUGGUUGCAUAUUAGACCAUAAAGCAAAUCAACAAAUUUCAUGGAACUGGUGUCAGACUAACUACAGUACAAAUAAACUAGACCUUUACAGUUUUGAGGAGCACUGGCAUAUUUUGUAGUGACCUUCAAUUUGGGAUUACCAUGCUUUUUCUCAUGAUUAGACAGGGGUUAUGGGUUUGGGAGUAAGAUCAGAGGUGAAGUGCCAUUUUCACCACUCAUCAGAAUAUCCUACUGGUUGUUCCUCUGGGAGAACCCUAAUAUGUUCAUUAAAAAAGGAACAAAAGUUCUCUUUAUCUUAGAACACAGAAAAUCAAAGGUGGGAGAAUAGAACAUCUGCUCAGUAAACGGGGAUGCUUUCAGAGCUGUCAUAGGGCAGUACUAAAAAGUGUGAACUGGCCUAGUGACAAGUUUAACAUAAAGGACUACAAAACAACUGACGUGUGUAAGGUAAGGUCUUUUAAAAAUUGAUAAGUUGAAGCUAAUCAAAAUUAAGUACUUUUGCUGUGCAAAAGACCCUGUCAAGAUGGAAAGACAAAGCUACAGACUGGGAGAAAGUAUUUGCAAACCAUGUAUCUGAUAAAGGAUGAGUAUUUAGAAUAUAUGAACUCUCAAAACUCAACAAAUUGUCCAAUUAGAAUUGCCAAAAGGCAUGAACAUUUUACUGAGGACAUAUACAUGGCAAAUAAGCACAUGAAGAGAUACUCAACAUCACUAGCCAUUUGGGAAAGGCAAGUUAAAACGACAAUUGAGAUAACACAAUGUUCUUAUCAUAACGGCUAAAAUAGGAGAUAGUGACAAAGGCUGGCAAGGAUGCAAAGAAAAUGAAUUGUUCAUACAUCAGUGGUGUGAAUAUGAAAUGGUACAGUGACUCUAAGUUUGGCAACUUCUUGUAAAAUAAUCAUUUAACCCAUCCACCAAGAUUUCUCUCUUCAUCCCUGGUUCCAAAGACCACGAAUUCCCAUUUCUUUAUUUGCAUCAUUGAAAGCAUGUUGAUAUAAAUGAAAUGAUCCUUUGUAACCUUUUGGGAUUGGCUGUUUUUACCCAGGAUACCUCCCUGGAGAUCCAGUCGAGUUGUUUUGUGUACCAACAGUUUACUCUUGUCUUAUAGUUAGUAUUCCAUGAUAUGGAUGUACCACUGUGUGUUUAAACUAAAUUCACCAGUUGAGGGACUUCUGGGUUGUUAGUCUGGGCUAUUGCAAAUAAAGUGAUAAGCAUUCAGGUACAGGAUUCCGUGUGUACAGGAUUCCGUGUGAACAUAAGAUUUUUCUGAAUAAAUGCCCAAGAAUUUUAUAGGCAUUGUCUUGCCCAUAAUAUUGGGGGAAUCAGACCAUUUCACUAAACCUUGGACUAAAUGGAAUAGAGUACUCAUUUACAAUUAUAUUCUUAUUCCCCCCUCCCUCCUUGGUAAGGGACUUUAAGUAGGCUUCAGCCCCACAUGGGAGCUUGAACUCAUGACCCUGAGCUCAAGACCUGAGCUGAGAUCAAGAGAUGGACGCUUAAGUGAGGCAUCCAGGCGCCCCCCUGUAAGAGACUUUUUUAAAUACCAUUUUGUGUCAGAAAGCAUCAAUUUGCAACUUAGGAAAAAAUGCCAACAGGACACAGCAGGUGUAUAAUAGCUAUCUAAUCAAUUAAAUAUAUUCUCCAAAUUAAACUGGUCCACCCACUAAAGGUUCUUUAGGAGAACAUCACCUUAAUUACCUGAGAUCCAAUUUCAGGUGCCACUUACAGAGGACCAAAAAAGGGUGUGAUGUAACUACCACCUUUAAAACAAUUCAGUUUUUCAGGACACAAAAUGGACAGUUAACCUUCUUGUUUCAGGUUCUUUUAUACGCAGGAGGAAAAGUAGGUCUGAGUAUUACAGCCACCUAAAUUUGGGUUGCUAAAGAAUUAAUACACCACACACUUUGUCUUGAAUUCAUUUAUUUAGAGAUAGAACACAGCCAUUCAAAAUGAUGGAACACAAUAUCAACACCCAGAAUAAAGUUGGGGAAUUAAGUUGAAUUGUUAUAUAUUUCAUUUACAUUAAUAAAUACCUUAAAAGAAGGAAAUGUAGCUUUUAAGAUCCAUUAAGACAC